AUGCCGAACCAGGAUGGUGUCUAUGGCACGUUCACCGUUACAUCAGGAUGUGUGUGCUUCGGAUCUCUCCAUAAUAUCUGGGGCGGAUCUAUUGCUCUAGUCCAACCAUUCCGUCAGGUCAAACCUCAGCCAUCGGGCACAGUUUCGGCCCACCAGUUCAAGCACAACAUCGCAGCAGUGAAUGGGACCUGGAAUGUGUUCCAGCUUAAAGAUCUCCGAUCAGGACAAACUUCUGGUUGGUUCACAUGUCAUGUCGAUGUCGAUCCAGAUCGCGAAAUUGAGAAAAUCCUCACCAUCUCGGGGUCACCAUACGAAGACAACCACGGCAGCACUAUGAAUAAUGACACGACGUUCGAGAAGGGUGUCUUUGUCAUCAACCGGUAUGACUGGGGCUACUACGCCCAUGAGUUCCUUGAGGAGAUCGGCGAAGGAGUUUCAGAAGGCGAUGCCGAUAUGCUUGCGGACUCGAAUUCGGCAGGCCUUGCGGACUACGCGCAGGCUCAGACGAAAGUCCAGGAAUGGCAACGGUACAAGCCCAGUCAGCGACGUAUUUCGGAUGGUGGUGUCUGGAUGUAUUCUCCUGAUGCAGAGUACAUGUUUGGCCGCUUUGGUUUCAACGAAGCUCGGACUGGGGCGCAUUCAUUCUUGUUCUUUUCCACAAAUACCGAAUUUUCUCACACCUUGAUGGCUGGCCGCGGAGCGACUCUGCGUCCAGGACAUGACUUGAAUAGAUGA